GUGAGCCGGCCACACCCCAGCGACCACUCCCUGCUCUUUCUCUUCCUGGUGGGAGGAGUCACUCCCUCUGAGCUCCGCUUGAUCCGCGAGGUAGUCUCCGCCCACAAGCCGGGCACACAGGUGAAAGACCCCGGCCUGCUGCUCUCAACUCACCUGGGAGAGCUUGCGUCGAACAAACAACGCAGAGAGGGAGGGAAAGAGGGUGAUGUAAAUGGAUCAGAGGAGAGGAGAUGCGAGAGGCCAGGUGCAGUCUUUGCUGCUGUGGUAUUGAUGUGUUGUUCAGGCUACAGCUCUCCAGGUUGUGGCUCAGUGUCGUUACAUAACACACUGUGAUGGUUUGUCAUCAGAGUCUGAAGGACAUAUCAAAAGAGGAACCUGAGCAGAAAACACAGGGAGAAGCAGGGAGAGGGCGACAACAAAGAUCUGGGUGCUGAGUUGGCGAUGUUCCUUCAUCUGCCCUGGAAGAAAGUCAAGAGUAGCUAGAUAUUACAGUGCCUUGCAAAAGUAUUCAUCCCCCUUUGCGUUUUUUCCUAUUUUGUUGCAUUACAACCUGUAAUUUAAAUGGGGGUGAAUACUUUCGCAAGCCAUAUAAACCGACACACACACUCUCUCACACACACACACACACACACACACUGACCCAUAUUCUCAGGUGACAGACAAUGGAUAGUGCAGCGGUAAAAGGAACUCAUGUUAUAUACACACAUAAGUGCACAGCCAUUGUGUGUGUUUGGCAUCUCAACCACAUGCUAAACAUCAGUGUGUAUUGUAUAUUAUGUGUACAUGGUCAGUGAACUGUGAGCCAGUGUACAGCAGUACAGUCCAAUCCCUGGCUAGCUGUGCUAAUGAAAGGGAUGUAUAAUAGACUUCAGAGGGGAUGAAAAGCCUGAGCAGCAUCAAAACCUGAUGAAUAAAUGAAUACAUCUCGAAUCAGAACAACAGAAGAAAGAGAGGCUCUUACUGUAGGACCCUCAUCCUGAAGCCAGCGGCCCACACAGUCUGACCUCAACCCACAUACUCUGACCCCAACCCAUUCAGCCUGCUCUGUCUAUCUGCCUUUGGUAGUGUUCUGAUAAAGGCUGGCUUCCAGGAACAUAGAGGUCCUCUAAGGACUUGGCAUUAAUUAACCCAUGUUUAAAUGCAGUUAGACAAUGGUUUUGUUUGGACUAAUGACACAGAUAUGAUAUUUCUUCUAAUACAGUUCAAAGUGAAUAGCCAGGGUUUGCCUAAUGUCUAAACUGAGUCAUUGGGUCAUAUACUGAAUGUGGACGGAAGGCGCAAUAAAUGUAAUCUCUAUCUAAAUCAUUUUGUAUAAUUUUUAUGGAGAGUAUUGUGCCUUCAAUGCACAUUCAGUAUCUGCUUAUUUUAAGCAGGAUGUUUACUCCAGUUGUCUGAACCAAUGGUCUGAACACACACAGUUGUCUUUCUCCUUUGCUGAUGUAGCCACUGGCCAGUCUGACACGUCCUGUCUGUCUGUCUGUCUGCUCUUUCUCCCAGGUGCUGGUUCUCUCUACCAGACUGUUGAGACCUACAGAUGUCCCUGAGCUGCUCUUCACCACCCAAAGACUGGUGCCAGAUAUU